AUGGAAUCAGGUCUGCCGCCUCGCCUUGGCUGUUUUGGUGCCGUGGCAGCCCGCAGAGGAACCAGCCAGCAGAAGGGGAGUGAGUUCCAAAGUGACCUCAGCAAUAGGUCGGGCAAACCCAAAACCACCUACACCCCCACAGAUUAUCCUACAGCCACCAGGACAGAUAGUCGCCGAAGCCGGGCCGGGGCUGGCUGGAGGCCUGUCCGGCUGCAGGACCCUCCCCGGGGCCUCUCCCGCCUCCUUCCUCACUCCCAGUUCCCGGCCUCGAGGUCGAGGGUGGCGACGCGCGUCUUGGCCACUGACCACACAUUUCUUGCCGAGAAGGGUGAAGAGCGGGGUGAGCAGCAGGGACCCCACGUUGGUGACCCUCCGCUGCGGCGGCGGCUGUUGCUGGCCGGAGCUCAUCACCCGCCGGCAGGGUUGGGAGUCCAGGGCCGUCUGCUCCGGCGAGUGGGCGAGAGCUCGUCCCCACUCUCGGUGACAGAGGCGGGAGGACCGGGGUCACAGGCGCGGCAUCCCGCCGCUCCUCCGGCUCGGGGAGGACGCCGCCAAGGGAGGACCAAGCUGACCGCGGGCCGCCUGAGGGCCGCUCCCAGCUCCCGCCCGGCUAGGUUCGUGCCGGAUGGUCGUUGUCCUCGCGCUCCAGCGACUGCGCUAAACUCCCAACUCCUCCUAGAACCCUCCCGCAGCGGCGGCGGCGGCGGCCGCGAAAUCCAACAUGGCAGCGGGGGCGGACGAGACCACUGGACGGAGGCCGCGGGGGAGCGCGCCGAAACGGGCGCAGGGCCGGGAGGACCCGGCGCCCCGCGUCGGCCCGGACCCCGCCCCUCCGGCCGAGGCGCCCCCGGCGGACGGGGUGGAGGUGCGGUCCGCGGAGCCGGCCUCGGCCUCCGGCUUUCCGCCGGGUCGGAAGGGUGCCCGGACCCAGCGAGUGCUGCUUGAAGAGAGGCUGUGAGUUCAGGUUCGCCUCCGCCGCCGAGCAGCCUCCUCCCUUCUGCGGGGGGGCACCUUCACCGAGCGCCCGUGAGGACCCCGGUGGGGCGCGGAAGCCCGACUCUCCGGCCCCUGGUCCACAAGGCCUGGAAUGUGGAGGCGGAGAUUCUGGGAGAAGAGACAGUAAAUACAAGCUCCAGUGUUCCACAAUAACUGUAAAACUACACAUCCAGAGAUAGAAUCUUUUUACCUUCUAUUUAAUACAGAAGAAACAUAGCAGUUUUUUAUGCCUAUGCUAGUUCCAAGUGUAACUGCUCUCUCUUUUAAAAAUAAAUGAAGGAAAAAACACUGGAGGCCAGUACAUUUCAAAUUGCAUACAAG